ACAGUGAUCCCCUCUUUGGAAUGACCACUUUGACAGAUCAGGGGAUGGGCCAAUAAGAGAGAGAGUGCAUGGAAGAGGGGGAUAAUGAAAGAGAGAGAUAGCAAGAGAAGGAGAUCAGGGAGGGUAAGAGCUUGCAGUGGAGGUGUUGAGACAAAAGGACAGGUACUAUUCUACUGGUGAGGAGAAAGACUAGUCAGUUGACAGAGACAGACAGGCAGAUAGAAAGCACAGAGCAAGUUAACCUCAGAUGUGUUUUUAGUGUUGGAUUCAAAGACUAUUAUCAUCAUCAAACCACUCUGGAACAAAAAAAACGGUCAAGAGGAAACCAACAUCUAACCAAGAAAAUAUCUACAGUAUUCUCUACAACAGAAGACUGGAAAGAGAGCUGCUAUACUUGUAAAGACCGCACAGAGAGUAUUUCAUCGUUUUUAUUCAUCAGCCCAGUAACUGACCAUCAUGACACAUCAGGUCAGCCGCUCUCCGUUCCUCAAGCCCUUCUACACGAGGACCCCGGUUGGUGGGGUCAUUCCGCGAACCCAGAGACGCCACACGCUCCCCGCCAGCGAGUUCAGAAACCUGACCCCACAGGACGCCAUCAGCGUGUUCGAGAUCGAGAGAGAAGCAUUCGUCUCUGUGUCUGGYGAGUGUCCACUCACUCUUGACGAGGUGCUGAACUUCCUAAGUCAGUGUCCGGAGCUCUCCCUGGGCUGGUUUGAAGAGGGCCAGCUGGUGGCGUUCAUCAUCGGCUCAGGCUGGGGCAAAGAGAGACUGGAGCAGGAGGCCAUGACCCAGCAUAUCCCAGAAACCUCAGCAGUGCACAUCCAUGUGCUGUCUGUGCACCGCCACGCUCGCCAGCAGGGUAAAGGUUCCAUCCUGCUGUGGCGCUACCUGCAGUACCUGCGAUGUGUGCCAGGCCUCCGGAGGGCCCUGCUGGCCUGUGAGGAGUUCCUGGUUCCCUUCUACCAGAAGGCAGGCUUCAAGGAAAAGGGGCCUUCUGCCAUCACCGUGCCCAACCUCACCUUCCAGGAGAUGGAGUACCAUAUCGGCGGAGCGGCCUACGCACGGCGGAACAGCGGCUGCUAGUCACUGCCGGCCGUCACCGCCCCGCUCAUAAUCACAUCAACCCUAGCACUGGAACUCAUCCACCAUGUAAACAUAGACUGUGGUCAUCGCAGUUGACCGUCCAGACCACACUAUAGCAGACAGACAGAUCCAAGCACCAACCUGGUC